GUCGUCGGUAUUGGGUAGGUCUCAAUGGAGAAACAGAUUAUAGACUUGACAAAAAUUAAGUCGAUCGAAACAUUCAUGCUAAACCUCUCAAAUACCGGCGACUCAUACUUUUUCUUAUUUUUUGGAAGUAAGCUCAGAACAAAAUUCUAUCCGGUAAUCUCUCCCCCCUCCGACUAAAAUCUCCGAUUAAAAACCAAAACAGAGAACCAUAUUUUGUGCAACUAAAGCAACAAAAACCCAAUGCAUAAAUGAGGCACCAAGUAAUUACUCGAACCAAUUAGGCGAAUAGUAGCAGAAGAUAUUGACUUUGGAAUUAGAGAAGAUCAGAGGAUACAUACACAUAUAUAAGUGACCCUAAAAAUACUGAACAGUAGACUUAAAACCAGGGAAAUGAACAACCAAGAUACGUAUUGUUGCGCAUUUGAUUCGGAAAAUUCCUGUCGAAGUAAUAACUUUGAGUUCCGGUUCUCAGGUCCGGAGUCUAUUCCAAAUGCGGUCAAGCGCUAUAAUGCUAUGCGUGGAGCUGAAUUGGCCCAGCUGAGACGUCAACGUGAUUCGGGUAAGCACGGUGUAGCCACCAUGCCGCGUUUCUGUAAGGUUCGUCGUCCGGGUCAAGAUAUCACCGGUAUGGUCACAUCCCGGGAUCUGGACGUCGUCACCCAGCUAUCCCUAGACUCGGAGCCCAUUUCCUAUGAGUCCGGGGAGUCCAACGACGAAGAAACCAACUCUUUUGAUGCUCGCAAGCGACAUGAUGAAGUUCAAUCGCCAGGAACCUACUCUGUCAAUGAUCCUCAAUCCAUGCGCUUGUGCGGCGGAGCUGAUGCUGAAGAUUUUUCAAAAGCGAAGUCGAAGGGGAAAAAAAAGAAUCCUCAGUCGCUGACAAAGCCAAAGAAACGUCGCAUCCAGAAUACCAAGGAUAAAUGUCACACGUUCGAGAGACUUGAAGAGCUACACCGCGAGGUCUGUGCCGAGUUGCAAUCAAUGGAGGAACCCGUACCCCAGAGCCCAGUACCCAACAAGACCACAGCCAAAAAAGCAAUGAAGACCCGACGCAGUAAGGUUAAGAAGCCCAAGGUAGAACAGUACAAUUUUCGGUCAGGGGACGAGGGCGAUGGCGACAGUUCGAUGGUCGACCCAAACUUGGUUUCGUUUGAGGACUACCACCAUCCGGAAGCCAAGUGGGUGGACAUAAUGCCAUCGGCUAUGAUGUCACAGGCCAUCAAGGUGAACGUUUGCAAGGCCCAGAACGCCACGCCACUUACUGCCUACCAGUUCAUGGAACAGCACGGAAGCCUGGAACCGGAGCCACUUGGUCCCUUCUUUCUCGAGGACAGUGAUCUGGAGUAUGAGUACGCGGAUCGCCAGGGCUACUUCCGCUACAGGGAGCCGCGUCCCAGAUAUCCCUCAAGCGAGUUAGACGCCACCGAUACGGACGUGGAUCACAUCGAGAAAAGGAACGCGCCUUGCUUCGUGGAGCUAGAAAAGCGUCCGUACCGGCUUAGUCUAUUGCGAAGUCUUUCGCCCAUGAGGUACACCUCCCAGCGAUCGGAGGAGACGUUGAGGACUCAGUCACCCGGAGACGAGACUCGUGGGUGCAAGACCCCUAAGGCUCAGAAAAUAGAUACGUCCUUGUUGGAUCUUCAGAGUAGUCCCAAGACUUCCCCCAAUAAUAAAUCGAAGGGCAAUGCAACCCAAAAAGCCACCAAGGGACGUACUUGUAAAGGAGCAGGCAACAAGACCCUAGUGACAAAGGGUAACCCCACAGCCAAGGCCAACACCAAACUUCGGACAUCAAGGAACCGACGUCCAGUCAAGUCUGGAGUUUUUGGACUAGCAGCAGUAUCUGCAGUAGGUGGGGGUUCCGCAGAAAUCGCCCCCUCGGCAUUCCAGGUUCGUCAGCCUGGUGGUUCCAACAUAAACGCAUCCAUGACGGCCUUGAUGACCCAAGCACCCCUCGCCACCUCACCGGAACGUCAGAGUAAGCGUCGUAGGCCCCGAACUGUCGUCUACAGCAAAUCUUUGGAGGACUUGAAGUUCGAGAAACUGGGAAUCUACAACAAGAUCACCAUGACCCAGGAGAGAAUCAUCAACUCCCUGGACAAACUGCAAAACAGUCUCCUGCACCUUCAAGUACCCCAUUGCAAUGCCCAGGAACGUCAAAAGCGUCAGAGGAAUGCCUUCGAGUUUUGUGUGCGCUUUUCAAGGAAUUUCCUGUAUCCCCUCAAGGGCAUGAUCGACGAUGUCCGGUUUACCUCCGUGGCUAGUUUCAAUAGCGCCACUUCCAAUGAAGCCUGCCAGCGAGUGGUCUGUGUGUACGGACUGAUGCAGCAAUCGAUUCAGACCUACCAACGUCAACUGCGCUACUUCCUCCUGGAGAAGGUGCCCCAGAAGCUGAGUGCCCUUAUUGAAAUGAUAUAUACUAUGACCAAUUGCUGUCUGGACAAGGGAAUGCUGGACCGUCACGAUCCAGUUGUGGAGUGCCUGUUGGAACGCUGCACUCGGUUUAUGAGCUUCAUAGAGGACAUGCAGGAGGAGCGCUUCAAGCUAGCCAGAGAGACUUUGAGACGCCUUCAGAAACACUGCCACGUCCGAGGACAUGCUCAUGCUCUGGGGAAUCCCCGGCACCACAGUCACAAUCGGAGUCAUGCGAGGAAGAAGCCCAAGUCCAAGGCUGUUCCACCGAAGAGGGUGCCAACCCAACCCAGGCAGGAGAAGCUGCGUUCCCACGAGCGCUACGACCUCAAGAUGUGUCUCAACGACCUGAAGCUCUACGAGCCGCGUUUGGUGCCAAAGGAACAUCAGACCGGAAAGAAGAAUCAAAACCGCAACCAGAGUCGAGUUCGUCGCAUCAUUCGAAGCACAACGAAUGCAAACUCCAAUCCUGUAGGACUUGGCCCGACAAUCGUCGAGCUACCGUCCGACCUAGAGCUUCAAAGCAACCGAGAGGAGGUCCAAACCCAAAUGCAAAUGGGCAUGGCCGGCGACAGAGCUAUCGUCAGCAGUUCCCUCAGCAAUGUAGCGCUGACUGCCCAGGGAGACGCCGUGGCGAACCAUUCCCUAGCCUGGCCGGAACCAAGAGUGAAAGAAUUCCGGGAGGAUCAGCUGCAUCAAGCACUUUUGGAUGCAUUCCGUUUGGUUUCCCGAUCGCAAGUCCAACAAGUCUUGGAUCCCCUUAUGCGAUCUCUCGGCGUCGUCCUCAGCGAAAACUUUGGCGAGGGCUUAAGCUCAGGAACAGGACUAAGGCGUUCUGAUUCGGGAAACAAUUACCACCCCCAUGACAACAACCAGUAGAAGAUGUCCAUGUAACUUCAUACAUUUCCCUCACAUCCAGGACUGUCGGUUCCCCCAAAUUGUUCAAUCAGUAGUUCUUCUAUGCUUCGUACUUUCGUUGGUGAAAUGCGAAACUAAAUUGUUAAGUAUCAAGUACGCUCACAAAAUAAACGCUCAUUUUAUUGGAUCAUUCAUGGAAA